AAUUGUUGUGAUAAACUUAUUAAAUAGAUGUCUUGAAUGGCGGAAGUUGUUUAUCGCUGAUUUAAAUUUGAAGCACACUUAGUCGUGCUUUUUGUCCUUCUUCGUUUUUGAUUGACAAGUAGAGACAUGUCAUCUUCAGUAGAGAAAUCCCUGUUCGAUGCAGACUGUUUGGGCAACAACAGUCUAAUCAAGUUAGCCCAGACGUCGACGGCAGAUGGACCCCAUGGUAGCAGGUCUGUUGUGCGAAGGAAAGUUGCAAUUUCCUCAUCUUCGUCCUCAAAUUUAGAAGCUAAUUUGUCAUCCCAACCAGUUUUGGUACUUAACUCAUCAAGUCUGCAGCCACAGAACCAAUCAGUGACAGAAAAUACUGGACAAAUCGGAAUCGACGAUUUUGUAGAUGAGUUUUUGGCUACACAAUCUAAUCAAAAUGCUAGCAGUAGAUUGUCGUCAAGUGGUGCUUUUGUUAUCCCUGCCUCUCAAUGGUCAAAUGAGUUUGUAUCUUUUACUGGAUCCCUUUCGAGGCCACAUCCACCUGUCAUCUAUUUCGGACGGGACUUUAGAUCUGCUCCUCUUCUUCAUCGCUUACCUCAAGUUAUCAGGUCUACCAAUCAGAAUGAGCGAGGCAAUGCGGAAAAGUGGGCUGAUCAGUUCUCUUCUUCCCAGGAAGAUGAAAGUACGAAUGAUGGUCGGAAAAGUGAUCAAGAUGGUUUUGAAUCAGCCUGGUCGGAGGCGGAAGGACAAACGCAGGAAGAUGGCGCGUCUACAGCUGAGAUAUUUGACAACCUGGAACAAGAGUGGCAGAAUAUUCUGAAGAAGUACGAGGAACAGCAGACUAACAACACACUGCGUGAACAGAUGGAGUCGGCCUGGAUGUCAGAGGAAGACGAGGCCAUCAUGUUCGGAGCAGGAGGAAGGGGUGGGGACUAUUUGGACCACGUGAACAGAUACAGGUUCAAUGAGGAGAAUCCAUUUGAAGGCGUGGAAGACGCACUGCAGAAAGGAAUUGAGCGGUUAAAAGCAGGCGACAUUCCCAACGCAGUUCUGCUGUUCGAAGAAGCAGUGAAACAGUCGGAAGAGAAGGAGCGAGCGUGGUUCUACCUGGGAGUGGCCCAAACAGAGAACGAGAACGACGAAGCGGCCAUCAGAGCCCUGAACGAGACACUUCAGCUGAACGAGAACAAUCUGGAGGCGCUAAUGGCACUGUCUGCCAGCUACACUAAUGAAGGAGAUAUGGCUAGAGCAGUGGACACUUUGGAACUGUGGCUGCAGAAAAAUUCCACGUUUUCUGGGAUCCCGACAUUAACCUUGGAGGAACCACAAGAGGACAGUAGGUCUCCUCUGUCGGUCUCCUCUCUCUUCCGGUUUCAGUCCAAGUCGGAGGAUCUGUUGAAGUUGUUUGAACAGGCACUGAUGGUGUCGCCUCAAGAUGUGAAUGUGCUGACAGCUGUCGGUAUUUUGAACUGUGUGCGCAAUGACUACGCCACCGCGGCCAAUAUUUUCAGGCAAUGUGUUGGCCUGGAUCCGAAGAAUGCAUUACUUUGGAAUCGACUCGGAGCAUGUCUCGCAAAUGGAGAUCGGAGCGAAGAAGCAAUCAGCGCCUACCGAAAUGCCCUCAAUCUUCGCCCAGGCUACAUCAGGGCCAGAUUCAACCUAGGAGUAGCCUGUCAGAAUUUACACUCACACAAAGAAGCGAUAGAACACUUCCUGGUGGCCUUAAACAUGCAGGCCCAGGCCAGUGGACCGAAAGGCGAAAAGAGCGAAACUUCCUCGGCUAUUUGGACCAAUUUGAUCACUUCUAUCCACAAGAUAGGCGCCUUUGAAGAGUUGUCACGCUCAGUCGUGAAGCGAGACCUGAAAUCAUUGAGUUUUCACUUUGCGGUCAACAUAUGACCAAAUAGAAAAAGAAUUUCUCCAGCCUUUUUAAAUUCUAUAUGGAUCUAUGUAGAAUAUCCUUUUGAAUAUAAAUAUAAUUUGUACUCAUCUUACAUAACUUUCUUCUUCAAAGAUUGAAUGUUGGAUAUUUGAAGAGAGCAUUG